CAUCUGUCAAGCUCGAAGUGGCCUCGGCGAUACCCAUGCUGUCCCGAUGCGCCCGCUCCCCAGCCCCGCCACGCUCGCCGCCCGCCGCCUCCUCCGUGACAACCAGCGCAUCAGCGAGCUCGCCCGCGCCGGCAACCUUGCCGCGGCGCGCCGGGUGUUCGAUGCGAUGCCGCGGCGCGACGUCGUCUCCUGGAACGCGCUCCUCACCGCGCUCUGGCGCGGCGGGCGAGACCACCUGCCCGCCGCGCGCCGCCUCUUCGACGCCAUGCCCGCCCGCAACGUCAUCUCCUGGAACUCGAUCGUCGCGGGGUGCCUCGCGCACGGUGACCUGGCCGCGGCCUCCGCCUACUUUGCGCGCGCCCCGGUGCGGAACGUGGCCACGUGGAACGCCAUGCUCGCGGGGCUCGUCCGGCUCGGCCGCCUGGAGGACGCGGAGAGCCUGUUCGGUGAAAUGCCCGCACGGAACGUGGUGUCGUACACAACCAUGGUGGACGCUCUCGCCCGGCGCGGGGAGGUGGCGAGGGCGCGGGACGUGUUUGACUCAAUGCCCGAGAGGAACCUCGUGUCGUGGGCAGCGAUGAUCAGUGGCUACGUUGAGAACGGCAUGUUCACCGAGGCAAGGGAACUGUUUGAGGCUAUGCCGGAUAAGAAUGUUGUGGCGUGCACUGCGAUGAUCACUGGGUACUGCAAAGAGGGGGAUGUGGAGAGCGCAAGGAGGCUGUUUGAUGGGGUUCUUGUUAAGGAUGUCAUAUCCUGGAAUGCUAUGAUCUCAGGAUAUGUUCAUAAUGGAUACGGAGAAGAAGCUAUGAGACUGCACGUGGUAAUGCACAAAGAAGGUGUAAAACCAGAUCAUGCAACAAUUAUUGCAGUCCUGACUGCAUGUUCUGCUCUUGCUUUGCUCAGACAAGGAAAGUCCGCACAUGCUAUUGCCAUCAAAACAUUGUUAGAAUCUAGCACCUCUUUUUCUAAUGCUUUGAUGACAAUGUACAGCAGAUGUGGCAGUGUGGGUGAAUCAGAGUUAGUCUUUGUAAAUCUGAAAAGCCAGGACAUUGUUUCUUGGAACACAAUAAUUGCUGCGUAUGCGCAACAUGGUAAAUAUCAGAAAGUUAUCGCACUAUUCCAUGAGAUGGAAGUCCGUGGGCUCACUCCUGAUGACAUUACCUUCCUUAGUGUGUUAUCAGCAUGCGGGCAUGUUGGCAUGGUGGAUGUAAGCUUGAAAUUGUUUGAUCUGAUGUCAUCCAAAUACGGAAUAUCUCCAAGAGCUGAACACUAUGCUUGUAUUGUGGAUAUACUGAGCCGAGCGGGGCAAUUGGAGAAAGCUUGUAAUUAUAUAAAAGAGAUGCCAUUAGAAGCUGAGAAGAAUGUUUGGGGUGCCUUGCUUGGAGCUUGUCAGACACAUGGUUAUGUGCAGCUGGGCGAACUUGCAGCUAAGAUGCUCGUUCAGUCAGACUCCGAAAAUUCAGGGCCUUAUGUGAUGCUUUCAAACAUAUAUGCGGCUGCUGGCAUGUGGGGUCAAGUCAAUCAAAUAAGAGGUCGGAUGAAAGAAAGAGGGGUGAAGAAACAACCUGGAUACAGUUGGACGGAGAUUGCUAAUGAAGUUCAUAUGUUUGUGGGUGGUGAUGCAUCUCAUCCGGAGAUGAGCAAGAUCAUAUCUGAGCUGAGAAAAAUCAACUUCCAUAUGAAAAUGGUCACCAAUGAAACUCAUAUAAUGGCAGAACUGGCAUAAGAAUGUGGCUGCUACUUCUGAUAGUCUCCAAGUUUUUAUGCCAUUUGAAACACCCACUCUACCCAAUCGCUAGUCAUGACUCAUGAGUUCAAGGAUCAGAUUUCUACGGAGUAGAUUAUCCACCUUGGUUACAUGUAUAUCAAGCAUGGCUUCUAAUCAGACAAGUCUAGUGGGUAUCGCAAUGAUGACAACUAGGUUCUUCACAAUAAAUAAAUGAGGAGGUCGUGGCAACUUGAUGGUUGGAAGUACAAAUUACAAGGAACAUAUGAACAAUUUUUUUCAGGCUUCCCAGCAAUAUUUAGUAAGAUGGAUGGCUAGUUGGAUCAAUUGAUCCAAAUUAAGGAUUCUUGAUGUCCUCCAGGCGAGUAGAUCUUUGAACAUCAAAAUACACAUCAUCUGCUGCCACUGAACUUUCUUUCAUGUCACCUCGCUUGGCAUCCCGAGGAGAUGCUUCUGCUGAGGUUCUGGUCGAUUCUGAACUGAACAUAGCAUCAAUCAUAUCCUUCAACUCUUUAAUACUACUCUGUGCUGCUGCCUCACUGAUCUUAAGGGAUUCAUAUUCUUGCUUGAUACUCUGUAAGGCACUCUCUUUCUCGAAGAUGUGUUCAUUAAGGCGAGAGUUCUCCAUCCUGGCAAUCUCCAGUGAUUCCCUUGCUACAUUAGCUUCACCCACCGCAUGCUUCAGCAUUUCCCUCAGCCUAGAAUUCUCAUCUCUGAUCACCCUCUGUGAUUCAAUCAACGUCUCAUUCUCUUGCUUUCCUUUACUUAGCUCCUCCUCAAACAUCUUGAUGCAAUCAACGAGUCCCCUCUCUUUCUCUUUUGAUGCUGCUGCCAAUUCAUCUGACUCAACCUUUAGUCGCCCUGCCUCUUCCAGUGCCAACUGGAGCUUGUCUGCUGCAUUUUCUAACGAGGCUUUCAAGCUCUCCACUUCAGUCCUCGCGUUAUUCAACUCAGAUUGUGCCAACAGAAGCUUCCCUUUUGCCUCUCUGGCCUCUGUGCUUUGCUCUUUCAAGGCUAUGGCCAGGUCAUUCAUGGCCUUCUUGCACUUCUCCUCGGAUUCCACAGCGAGCUUGAGCUCUCGCUGUAGUGACCAUGUCUCCACUUCACCCGGAUCAGCAAAGGAGAAGGACAUCACACCCCUUCUCCUCAAAUUCUUCACUGGCUGCUUACCAGGAUUAAAGGCUUCUAAACUUUUGCUGCUGUCUCUUAGUGAAGCUAUCUCAAGCUUGGCCUCCUCCAGAGAUACCUUGGUCUGCUCAAGCUGCUUUGUUUGGGCCUCCAAAGACAGUAGCAUCUUCUUCUCUGAAUCUCUUGCAGCCUCCAGUUCACCUUCCAACUGCUGUAAUCUGUCUGCAAGGUCCAACUGCCCUUCGGACCCAUUGCUUUUCAACUUUUUGUUCCUAUUCGUGUUCAUCUUCCUGAGCUCUUCGAUCUCAUCUAGGGCACGUGCCUUCUCCUCUUUCUCCUUCCUCAGCUCCUCCUGCAGUCUAUUUAGUUGUUUUUGCAUGUCCGAUUCGUCCAAGAAGCCUGAGUCUGGAACUUUGUUGCCAUUGGAAGAUGAUCUGACGCAGUCAACAGAAACAAAACUCAUAUCGGUUCAUGGAUUGAUGGCAGGAACCAAAACAAGAAGGGGAGAAAAAGAAAGAUCAAGAAGCGAUCUCAGUUCAUGAAGAUCGACUUGCCAUGAAACAUGAUCCCUGGAUCCAAGAAAGACUUUGUGAACUAGUAGCAGUACCGUAUACAUACCUGGACCUGAAAGAAAACAUGUUCUCCGAUCGAGAAUCCUGCGGGCAGGCUUCCCCUCCAGAAAGAACUGCAAGCGGCAACCUGGCUCAGACAAUCAACCAACCAUACCGCUCGUCGACUCGCGCUGCUCCUAUGAAACGAACACCCAACUUUUAAGUCAGAUGAUCACCGGAAAGUCGAUGUAUGCAAGACGCGUACAGGAGACCAGGUGUUAUCUCGCAGAGAGUUUUCUCUUUUGUUGUCGUCAGAGCAGAGGAGGAUGAAGCCAACCCUUAUUGGGGAAGGAUCGCGGCGGAUUGGUGUUGAAACGGUCGCACUCUCCGGAGCCGUCUCGACGGGAGUGAACGCACAGGUACAGAUUACAGAGACGGUCCAAGUUUCGUACUAUAUACCUAGAUUUUAUUUAUUUAUAUGCUGCGUACCAGUUGGGUUGGGU